UGCAAACAACAUUUUGGUGCUGAUUUUACAUAUUUGUUGUUAUUUACAAGACCAAAUUACUAAAAAAAUGCUCAAAAGGGUUUCACCAGCUGCUAAUAUCGGGUAUAACUUCUCGAAGUCAAAGUGUGCAGAAAUUCAUUAUCACUCAUCGACAUUUUCAAUUCUUUGUACAUUUUGCGGUAUGAGAACUCUUGCUUUUAGCGAAUUCUGUAAUCAUUUCCACAACCAUUACGAGACUUUCAUAAAUGCUUGGGUAGAUAAAGAGGAAUCCAUAAUUAACAGUGAUAGUGAAAUUAUCGAAAAUUUCGAUGGAAAACGCGAUCCAUUGAAAUUGGAGGUACGAGAUGGUACUAAAGGUUCCGAAGAGGAUUUAAAUAUUCUUCAAUUUGAAAACAAAGAAGCAAGCAAAGAAGGUGGUGUAAAUGAAGUGUCCAAUUAUGAUGAGACGGUUUCCAUCCAUGGUUUCGAUAGGCAUCAAACAGAGCCCGCAUCCGAUGCACCGGACACAGAAUUAUUUAGAACCACAAUAAAAUUAGAGAGUACUGACGUCAGCUGCAAAGGAUCUACGAAUAUGGUAAACACGAGUACAAAGGUUUCCCCAAACGAUAAAUGUACUUCUGAAGAAGACGAAAAUUCCACCAACGAUUUAAAUGCUCAAGUAGGUUUAGAGAAGAUUGAAGAAAAUCUAGUUGAAUAUAUCGAUUGGUCUAAAUCUUACGAACCAAAUUUAUUGAAAAACAGUGACAAACGUCGUUAUAAAGCUCGCAACACCCCAAACAAAUGUACGUAUUGUGGAAAGACCUUUCGGCGCCGUCUACAAUUGGAUACGCAUCUAAAUAUACACACGGGCUCUAAGCCGCACCAGUGUGAGAUAUGUGGCCGUUUGUUUCGUGCAGUUACAACCCUCGCACGCCAUCUGAACACCCAUGAAGAUCGCCAAGUUUUCAAUUGCAAGUUUUGUGCGAAAUCCUUCUCACGCCGGGCUGCAUUGCUAAGCCAUGAACUGAGACACACACAGCAGCGACGUGUACCCUGCGAUGAGUGUGAAAAACUUUUUUAUACCGUUAAUCAAAUGGAUACACAUAAACGAAAAGUUCAUAAUAAAGUGGAUGACGCUUCCUUGCCCUUUCAAUGCAAUUUAUGUACGAAACGCUACCGUAGUGCUUCCAUGCUGAGCACCCACAAGUUCAAAAAGCAUUACAAAACUGCAAAACUAACUUGUGAACAAUGCGGAAAAAAGUUCGUAAACGAUCAGCAGUUGGAGGUACAUAAAACUAUACACGUUUGUAGCCUCAGAGACAACCAAUGACAGAAUUGCAGCAAAUAGGAUAUAGUAAAUAUGUAAAAUUUAGAACUGAUUUGCAAAUACAUAUAAAUAUGUACAUGUAUGAACGUAUGUGACU